AUGCCUCUCCUCAGUUUUUCUGGGGAUCUGGUCCAGCUAGUCGGCAGUAUCAGUCUGCCCAUCGCCUUCGGCGUCGCCCCCAGGAAAACAAUGACCUACGACCAAUUCCUCAUUGUCGAUUGCCCAACGGCAUACAACGUCAUCGUAAGGCGAACGACACUCACCAGGGUCAAAGCCCACUUAUCCCCCCACAUGUUGCUGAUAAAGUUCCCAACACGCAACGGUAUCGGCGUCAUCCGGGGCGACCAGCUCAGCGCACAGACGUGCUAUGCCACGGCUCUUAAGUCGGUAGCUAGCAAACCGCCAAUGGAAGCCAUGACCGUGCAGGGACUACCGAACGGUAGCGGGCCCAUUGAUGACCCCAGGGAGGAAACCCCAACGCCGGUGGCGCAGCCUGCCGAAGAGCUCGAAAUCGUGGUCCUAAAUGAAGAUUUCCCCGAUCGGUGGGUGAAGAUCGGCACCAACCUAGAUCCCGACCUCCGAAGACAGUUCAUCGACUUCUUACGGCAGCAGGCGGAGGUCUUCGCCUGGUCUUAUGACGAUAUGCCCGGCAUAUCACCUGACGUCAUCAGCCACAAGCUCAGCAUCUCCAUCGCCCACAAACCGGUCAGACAGAAGCGCUGCUCAUACGAUGCCGAACGGUACGAGGCAAUGCGUGCCGAAGUUGACAAGCUCAAAGCCAUCGGCUUUAUCAGGGAAGCUACGUACCCUGUCUGGCUUGCCAACUCAGUCAUGGUUCGGAAGGCCAGGGGAGGAUGGCGGAUGUGUCAGGACUAUACCGACCUGAAUAAGGCUUGUCCGAAGGACAGUUUCCCCUUGCCGAGAAUCUACCAGCUCGUCGACGCUACCGCUGGACACGAGCUGCUCAGCUUCAUGGAUGCGUAUUCAGGAUACAACCAAAUCUUUAUGGACCCUGCCGAUAUAGAGCAUACGGCAUUCAUCACCGAUCGCGGUUUGUACUAUUACAACGUCAUGCCCUUCGGCCUCAAAAACGCGGGAGCAACUUAUCAACGGCUCGUCAACCGGAUUUUUGCUAAGCACAUCGGCGGCAUUAUGGAGGUAUAUGUCGACGACAUGUUGGUGAAAAGCCGAACGGCAGGGGGGCAUCUGGAAAACCUAGCCCUCAUGUUCGGUAUACUGAAGGACUACCGAAUGAGGCUGAACCCAACGAAGUGCGCCUUCGGUGUAUCUUCCGGUAAGUUUCUCUGA